AUGGGAGAAUUCAGUACAGGUAGUCAAGAAUUCGACUAUGACGAUGAUAUGCUUCCAAUGGAUGGAGGCGGAUUUAGGGAUCGUGUACACUCACAUGAUGUCGAUUCUCCAAUGACCGACGAUUUGGCCGGCAUACUGCCAAAUAUUCCAGGGUUUAAUUUUGCCAAACAUAAGGAAGAGAACAAGGACAUACCGUCUGAGCCCCUGGUGUUGUAUUGA